UGCCCUGGCCGGCUGGUCUUUUCGGUCUUCCUCCUCCCUUACUCUUCUUCCCCAGUCCCUCCCCUCCCCUCCCCCUUCCCUCCUCUGGCUCCAGGCUUUGAGGCCGCGCGGGUGGAGGAGGCUAUGGAGUAAGCUGGCCACGGCGGCCAGGCGCGGAGGCUAAGCCGGAGCAGCCAGGAGGCGUUUGGGGGGGCGGGGGAAACGAGCCCCAGUACCGCCCCUCCCGGGAGGAGAGAGGAAGAGGUAACUAUAACUACCCAAUAUUGCAGCCAUGGAGUCCAUGCUUAAUAAGUUGAAGAGUACUGUUACAAAAGUGACAGCUGACGUCACUAGUGCUGUAAUGGGAAAUCCUGUCACUAGAGAAUUUGAUGUUGGUCGACACAUUGCCAGUGGUGGCAAUGGGCUAGCUUGGAAGAUUUUUAAUGGCACAAAAAAGUCAACAAAACAGGAAGUGGCUGUUUUUGUCUUUGAUAAAAAGCUGAUUGACAAAUAUCAAAAAUUUGAAAAGGAUCAAAUCAUCGAUUCUCUAAAACGAGGAGUCCAACAGUUAACUCGACUACGACACCCUCGACUUCUUACUGUCCAACAUCCUUUAGAAGAAUCCAGGGAUUGCUUGGCAUUUUGUACAGAACCAGUUUUUGCCAGUUUAGCCAAUGUUUUAGGUAACUGGGAAAAUCUACCUUCCCCUGUAUCUCCAGACAUUAAGGAUUAUAAACUUUAUGAUGUAGAAACUAAAUAUGGUUUGCUUCAGGUUUCUGAAGGAUUGUCAUUUUUGCAUAGCAGUGUGAAAAUGGUUCAUGGAAAUAUUACACCUGAAAAUAUAAUUUUGAAUAAAAGUGGAGCCUGGAAAAUAAUGGGCUUUGAUUUUUGUGUAUCAUCGACCAAUCCUUCUGAACAAGAGCCUAAGUAUCCUUGUAAAGAAUGGGACCCAAAUUUACCGUCAUUGUGUCUUCCAAAUCCUGAAUAUUUGGCUCCUGAAUACAUACUUUCUGUGAGCUGUGAAACAGCCAGUGAUAUGUACUCUCUAGGAACUGUCAUGUAUGCUGUAUUUAAUAAAGGGAAACCUAUAUUUGAAGUUAACAAGCAAGAUAUUUACAAGAGUUUCAGUAGGCAGUUGGAUCAGUUGAGUCGUUUAGGAUCUAGUUCACUUACAAAUGUACCUGAGGAAGUCCGUGAACACGUAAAACUACUGUUAAAUGUAACUCCAACUGUAAGACCAGAUGCAGAUCAAAUGACAAAGAUUCCCUUCUUUGAUGAUGUUGGUGCAGUAACACUGCAGUAUUUUGAUACCUUAUUCCAAAGAGAUAAUCUUCAGAAAUCACAGUUUUUCAAAGGAUUGCCAAAGAUUCUACCAAAACUACCCAAGCGUGUCGUCGUGCAGAGAAUUUUGCCUUGUUUGACUUCAGAAUUUGUAAACCCUGACAUGGUACCUUUUGUUUUGCCCAAUGUUCUACUGAUUGCUGAAGAAUGCACCAAAGAAGAAUAUGUCAGAUUAAUUCUACCUGAACUUGGCCCUGUCUUUAAACAGCAGGAGCCAAUCCAGAUUUUGUUAAUUUUCCUACAAAAAAUGGAUUUGCUGCUAACCAAAACUCCUCCUGAUGACAUAAAGAACAGUGUCCUACCAAUGGUUUACAGAGCACUAGAGGCUCCUUCCAUUCAGAUCCAGGAACUCUGUCUAAACAUCAUUCCAACCUUUGCAAAUCUUAUAGACUACCCAUCCAUGAAAAAUGCUUUGAUACCAAGAAUUAAAAAUGCUUGUCUACAAACGUCUUCCCUUGCUGUUCGUGUAAACUCAUUAGUGUGCUUAGGAAAGAUUUUGGAGUACUUGGAUAAGUGGUUUGUACUUGAUGAUAUUCUGCCCUUCUUACAACAGAUUCCAUCCAAGGAACCUGCAGUCCUCAUGGGAAUUUUAGGUAUUUACAAAUGUACUUUUACUCAUAAGAAGUUGGGAAUCACCAAAGAGCAGCUUGCUGGAAAAGUAUUGCCUCAUCUGAUUCCCCUGAGUAUUGAAAACAAUCUUAAUCUCAAUCAGUUCAAUUCUUUCAUUUCCGUCAUAAAAGAGAUGCUUAAUAGAUUGGAGUCUGAACAUAAGACUAAACUGGAGCAGCUUCACAUAAUGCAAGAACAGCAGAAAUCUUUAGAUAUAGGAAAUCAAAUGAAUGCUUCUGAGGAGACAAAAGUUACAAAUGUUGGGUCUCAGCAGAUUGACAAAGUCUUUAACAACAUUGGAGCAGACCUUUUCACUGGUGGUGAAUCAGAAAAUAAAGAGGAUGGGUUACAGAAUAAACAUAAAAGAGCAUCACUUACACUUGAAGAAAAACAAAAAUUAGCAAAAGAACAGGAGCAGGCGCAGAAGUUGAAAAGUCAGCAGCCUCUUAAACCCCAAGUGCACACACCUGUUGCUCCAGUCAAACAGACUAAGGACUUGACGGACACAUUGAUGGAUAAUAUGUCCUCUUUGACCAGCCUGUCUGUUAGUACCCCUAAAGUUUCUGCUUUAAGUACCUUCACUUCUGUUCCUUCCGUGGACCUUGACAUGAUGUUUUCUACACCAGUUGAUAAUACAAAGAGAAAUUUGACAAACGGCCUAAAUGCUAACAUGGGCUUUCAGACUUCCGGGUUCAACAUGCCAGUUAAUACAAAUCAGAACUUCUUCAGUAGUCCAAGUACACCUGGAGUGACCAAGAUGACACUGGGAACACCUUCCACUUUGCCAAACUUCAGUGCUGUGAGUGUUCCUCCUGCUGGUGCGAAGCCGACUCAACAAAGACCCACAGAUAUGUCUGCUCUUAAUAAUCUCUUUGGCCCUCAGAAACCCAAAGUUAGCAUGAACCAGUUAUCACAACAGAAACCAAAUCAGUGGCUUAAUCAGUUUGUACCUCCUCAGGGUUCUCCAGGUAUGGGCAGUUCAGUAAUGGGAACACAGGUGAACAUGCUAGGACAAUCUGCCUUUGGUAUGCAGGCUAAUCCUUUCUUUAACCCACAGAACUUUGCACAGCCACCAACUACUAUGACCAAUAGCAGUUCAGCUAGCAAUGAUUUAAAAGAUCUUUUUGGGUGAGGUAUCUUGCUCCUCUUUUUGAAGGAUUACUUAGGUUUUAAUCAUGGGUAAGCUGAUUUACAUCUUUAUAUAGUUGGCUUGGAGGAACUACUUCUCUGGGAAACUGAAUGGUUCUAGGACAUCAAACACCUGUUUCCUUGCCAGCAUAGUAGUUGUACGGACUCCUAACAGUUGAGUUUUUUAAAGCACGGAGGACUUUUUUCCUCUUACCAACUCGUCUUCAGGUUUUUAAAAGACCCAACCCUUACCAGUCUCAAAGAGAAAAAAGACACCUGAGUAUCUUGAAUAGCAGAAUUUUUUAAUCAAAUGUUUAUUUUGCCUUGUAAAUCUUGGUGUUAUUUAAAAAAUUGAGUUGAUGGUAAUUGCAAGUUUCAUCUAUUAAAUAAUACAUGGUACACAGUCUGCCUUCACAAGUCAUUAGUCUUCAUUUUGAUAUGUGAAAAAUCUUGAUGCUGUAUUGAUUUGUUUGCAUUUAGUUACGACUGAGUGAGAAAAUGAUAACGAAAAGGAUCAAGAUCACUUGCUUUUUCCAAUCUUAUUUACUUCUCAGAUGAACUAGUAUUUAGUACAAAAGACUGAGCAAAUACUGCAAAAUUGAACUCAAUGUUGAUCUCAUUGGCUCAGCUAAAGGCAUUAUUAACCAUCUUAAAUGCACACUAAUCAUUAUAAAUUAUAUUUUAGCAUGGUCUGCCUCAAAUAGUAAUGUAUUUUUCUGCAUUUACUUGGAUAUGUUUAGAAUCAUUUUUUUCCUGCUGUGUCACAGACAGAAGAGGUAUGUACUGAUUUGUAUGGGUAUUUGACAAAGCCCUCUGAUGUGAUUUCCCUGACUACUGCUUUCAUAUUUCAUUUUGAAUUCAAACUUCUGAGGGUGCAGCAUAUAUGAAUUGCAUUUUCAAAAAGAGAUUUGUAAGAAUUAAACUAUAUUUAAUGAGUAAACUUUUGAGAUUUCUGUUGUAUUGUUUCAAAUGUAAUAAACUUUACUUCUCUAAAAAUGAGCAGUUGUAUCUCUGGUUACAACAGAUUAAUUUUCAGCUUACCAUGAUAAAGUCUGACCUCAUCAAUUACUGCACCUGAGGGUUAAUUCUUUUCUAGGAAUUUCAGGAAUCUUUUGUUCGAACAUUUUCAUGUUCAUAAUUAGCCAUUUUUAGAAAGGAGAAAAUAAAUUCUUCUAACAGGAAACAUGCUUUAUUUUUCAAAGCCUUUCUCUGAUAAUUUUUCUUUGAUUUGCUGAUUAUUCAACCACGGAGCCUUAUGCUAUAAAUGUUAUUUGUAUUUUGUUAAAUUAUAUUCUGUCAUUAUUUGAUAACUUUAAAAUGAUCUUGCAGAGAGCUAUAUAUGUAUUAUAGUUGCUGCCGUAGAGUUUGUGGUUUUUAAUCAUCUGAUACCAGCAAUCAUUUAAAAUAAAUCUUAUGAAGUUUAGUGUGCUGAUAAAAGUUUAUUCAUUGAAGUAUAUGUAUAUAUACACAUGCACUAAAUAUAUACAUUGAAUAUACAGUACUUGAUUAUAAAAUGUAAUUUGAUAAUAUUGCUGGUAGCAUUCAGUAAGAGCGUACUUUAAAAAAUAAAAAGUCAGCUUUACGUCUGGUUUCUAUAUGACCUGUAGUUUGUUACAUGUUUUUAGAAAAGGACUCAUGGGAAUGCUGAAGAAAUUUAUCCAAGAAAUGAAAAGCACUAGGAAGAUCAAAUAUUUUUGUCAAAUACCUUCACACCUUGACUAGAUUAUCUGUCUUGUUUAUAACCCAAUAUUAAUAUUUCUCUUGGGAAAAGUUUACAUGUGGAAUAAAAUUGCUUAAUGUUGAAGAAUUUUUCUUUUUAACAAUUCGCUAGUCACUGUUUAUUAGGAAAUUGUUUUUUAUUUUGUAAAAUAACUUGAUGUCAGUGGUGAACUCCUAAUUAGAAGGAAAGCUUAAUGUAACAACAUAUAAUUCGAACUGCUGAAUAUAAAAGUAGAUUAUUUGAAAAAAUAUAUAAUGCUUAGAUAAUUUUCACAUCUUGAAAUUUGCUCAUUCAUUGAGAUAAUGGUGCUACGUUUUUAGACAUUUUUCCUACACUUUUUUUCUACUUUCUUGAAGGUGUUUUAUGUAAAUCAUUUCCAUCAAUUGAACUGUUACCAUUGCCUUUUUCUGUUGAGAAAUUUCCUUUGAAAAAUAGUGCUAUUUUUAGGCUUGUAUUUCUCUGAGAACAAAAUUUUCAAAGUACUAGAUCACCUUAAAAUUAUUUCAGAUAUUGACAGCAUUUAAGUCCCUUGUGCUUAGAGUAGAAAAUUGGUGGGUUAAAAAGCACCUGUAGACAAAAAUUAUAAGAAGGAUUCCCUUUUAUUUGAAUUGGCUGUUUAUUCUCCUAAUGCUCGUGUGUGAUAUGUGUAGAGGAUGUAUAAAAGGAAAUGGAAAUGACUUGGUUUUGUUUGUUUUUGUUUUUAUUUUGGAGUGCUUAUAAUCCUUUUUUUCACCUGAAUAAGUUAAGGAAAUAGGUUUUUGUUCACAUUUUUUUUAACCUGUAUGAUACCUCACAUGGUUGCUUUUACAGAUGAAAAGAAAAGGUAUAUGUGGAAGUACCUGGUAGCAGGCACAGAGUAUGCACCAAAUAAAUUUUAGCUUUGAU